AUGCUAAAACACCUUUGGCUUCCGAUUCUAUUUUUCCUCAUUCAAGGGUCAAAUGCCAUUACGGCUAUUUCAAAUAACACAAUUUCAAUAGGAGCCCUUGGGGCUAUUGGCGACACAAUAAUUCGAACAGGUGCUUAUUGGUCUAUAAUUGAUAACGCUAUUUCAAGCUUUGUAGGUGAUUUGAUUGUUGAAGAAAAUGCAGGUUUCUACAUUUCAAGCAAUACACCUAGUAUUGGUUUAUCAAUCACUUUAUUGGGCAUUUUAAAUGAAAUUCAGAAUGACGGAAUCAUUGCAUUCAAUUCUCUCAGGAGUACAUUAGUAACAAAGUACGAAUUGGUUGGUGCAUCAUUCCUCAAUAAUGGUGAAAUUUAUUUGGCAGCUAAUAGCGCCAAGGUGCCAGUCAUGGGCCUUACAGCAAUUGAUUGGACCAACAAUGGAAUGAUUGUUUUCCACCAAGAAAAAAAUACCAAUUGUAUUGUCCAUUUAGGUGCUCUAGGGUCAACAUUAGUGAACAGAGGUUCAAUCUGCUUGCAUAACUCAAUUUAUCACCAGUACACUAGAAUUUCUGGUAAUGGGUGCUUCCAGUUGAGUGGUGAUAGCUCGGUACACUUCACAAAUACUUUAUUGCCGGUUGAUGAAUCCCAAACAUUUUACCUUGCUGACUCAAAAGCUUCACUUUAUGCUGAACCUUUGAAAACACCUGCUUCUAGAAUUACAGUUGUUGGUUUUGGAAAAGGUAACAUAUUAGGUAUAGAUAUUUCGAUUUUGAGUCUUCCAUUCGCGGCAUUUACUGAGUAUACCUAUAGUUCUACCUCAGGAGUACUUACUUUGAAGGGUGUGUUUAAUGACAUUGUUUCCCAAGAAUUCAAAAUUGGUCUCGGAUAUAAUGCAAAUCUAUUCAAGACAAUCAAUGCUGAUUUCCUUGGAAUCUUCUCCCUUGGAGUAACAUACGACGGCGUAACUCCUGAUCAAGAAGUUCCAAGUAACUGUCGUUGUGCACUUCCGCCACCUAUUCCAGGCGUAGACUUGCAUACCGAAACUACCACAAUAACAGAGACCACCGAGACUCCUCAGACUAGCGAGUCUACUCAAACCACAGAGACCACCACCACAGAAACUGCAAAGACUACCGAGACUACUCUGACUACUCUGACUACCACCACCACCACAGAAACUGCAAAGACUACCGAGACUUCUCUGACAACUGAGACUACUCAGACCACUGAGACCACCACCACCACAACAAAGACCACUGAGACUUCUCUGACUACUGAGACUACAACGACAAAGACCACAGAAACUGCAAAGACUACCGAGACUUCUCUGACAACUGAGACUACUCAGACCACUGAGACCACCACCACCACAACAAAGACCACUGAGACUUCUCUGACUACUGAGACUACAACGACAAAGACCACAGAAACUGCAAAGACUACCGAGACUUCUCUGACAACUGAGACUACUCAGACCACUGAGACCACCACCACCACAACAAAGACCACUGAGACUUCUCUGACUACUGAGACUACAACGACAAAGACCACAGAAACUGCAAAGACUACCGAGACUUCUCUGACAACUGAGACUACUCAGACCACUGAGACCACCACCACCACAACAAAGACCACUGAGACUUCUCUGACUACUGAGACUACAACGACAAAGACCACAGAAACUGCAAGGACCACUCAGAUCAGAACGACAAAGACCACAGAAACUGCAAAGACUACCGAGACUUCUCUGACUACUGAGACCACAACGACAAAGACCACAGAAACUGCAAAGACCACAGAAACUGCAAAGACUACCGAGACUUCUCUGACUACUGAGACCACAACGACAAAGACCACAGAAACUACAAAGACUACCGAGACUUCUCUGACCACCGAGACUACUCUGACAACUGAGACUACUCUGACAACUGAGACUACUCUGACAACUGAGACUACUCUGACAACUGAGACUACUCUGACAACUGAGACUACUCUGACAACUGAGACUACUCUGACAACUGAGACUACUCUGACUACCGAGACCACCACCACCACAACAAAGACCACUGAGACUUCUCUGACUACUGAGACCACAACGACAAAGACCACAGAAACUGCAAAGACCACAGAAACUGCAAAGACCACAGAAACUGCAAAGACCACAGAAACUGCAAAGACCACAGAAACUGCAAAGACCACAGAAACUGCAAAGACCACAGAAACUGCAAAGACUACCGAGACUACUCAGACUACCGAGAUUACUCAGACUACCGAGAUUCCUCAGACUACCGAGAUUACUCAGACUACUGAGACCACAACGACAAAGACCACAGAAACCGCAAAGACCACUGAGACUACUCAGACCACUCAGAUCACCGAGACCACCACCACAAAGACUGCUAAAACUACAGAAACCACCCAGGCCACUCAAACCACCCAUAUCAUUCAGACCAUAACGAGAAAGACCAUUCAAACCGCUGAGACCACCACAACAAAGACUGCCGAGACCACUGAGACUACAACGACAAAGACUACUGAGACUUCUCAACCCACUGAGAUCACAACGACAAAGACUACUGAGACUUCUCAAACCACUAAGACCACAACAACAAAGACUACUGAGACUUCUCAAACCACUAAGACCACAACAACAAAGACUACUGAGACUUCUCAAACCACUAAGACCACAACGACAAAGACUACUGAGACUUCUCAGACCACCGAGAUUGCUGAGAAGUUGACGACCACAGAGGUCAUAGAGGUCACUGAAAUAACUGACGACUCGACUGUCACUGAUGCUACAGCUGCGAACACUGACUACUUAACCGCUGAUUCAACUACUUCUGAGUCCAAUGAAAUAUACAGUACUGCAGGGACAGUACAGUAUGAAUCAUCAUCAAGUUCACCAGAAAUUACUACAAACCAAAAGACCACUCAAUCUUUCUCUACCGACAAUGUUGAACCGAUACGAAUUGAUGAGGAAUCAACUAUUGCAAAAUUAUCUGAGUCGAUUCUCGAUGAGAUGUCAACUACUUUAAUAUCUGUGACAAUAACUGAGACUUUAGACAAAUCGUCUCUGGACAAAUCUUUAGACAAACCUUUAGACAAAUCUACAAACAAUACUACAGAAGAUUUUUCAUUACUCGAAAAUGUAUCCAUUAAUAACCUGGUCAACAAAAGUUUCGCUGUUAUUAUUGCUUUAGUUACAGCAAUUGCCUUCUUUUGA